AUGAUUCUUGAGCUGGAUGAGCUGGAUUUAACCCUGGUGCAUGAGCUGGAUGAGCUGGAUUUCAACCUGAUGUGUGAGCUGGAUGAGCUGGAUUUAACCCUGCUGGAUGAGCUGGAUUUAACCCUGCUGCAUGAGCUGCAUGAGCUGAAUGAGCUGGAUGAGCUGGAUUUCAACCUGAUGCGUGAGCUGGAUGAGCUGGAUUCAACCCUGCUGCAAAAGCUGGAUUUCAACAUGAUUCUUGAGCUGGAUGAGCUGGAUUUAACUGCAUGUGAGCUGGAUGAGCUGGAGUUAAACAUGAUGCGUGAGCUGGAUGAGCUGGAUUUCAACCUGAUGCGUGAGCUGGAUGAGCUGGAUUGUAGUCUAGAGUUGGAGCUGGAUGAGCUGGAUUUAACCCUGCUGCAUGAGCUGGAUGAGCUGCAUUUCAACCUGAUGCGUGAGCUGGAUGAGCUGGAUUGUAGUCUAGAGUUGGAGCUGGAUGAGCUGGAUUUAACCCUGCUGCAUGAGCUGGAUGAGCUGGAUUUAACCCUGCUGCGUGAGCUGGAUGAGCUGGAUUUCAACCUCAUGCAUGAGCUGGAUGAGCUGGAUUUAACCCUGCUGCGUGAGCUGGAUGAGCUGGAUUUAACCCUGCUGCCCCAAAUUUAUUGCUGGUACACUGAGCUGGGUGAGCUGGAGUUGAGAUGGGCUCAUCCAGCUCUGCCCUGCCUUCGGUUUCAAACCAGUGAUCCUGGCACAAUUAUCUUCGGUUUCAAACCGAAGAUUUCAGUUGACAAAACUCGCCAAAAUGGGCCCAAAAGCGCCCCCAAGUCCUACUAA